AUGGGCUUUGUCGAACUCAUUCCUCGCAUCCCACUCCUAUGGUAUCGCCUGCGCCAGGCUGUCCGGCACGUGGAGCAAUUUCAGCCACACAUUGUCAUCACCAUCGACUCCAAAGGCUUCAAUUUUCGCCUGCUAAAGGCUAUACGAGGUAAAGACAAGCUGUGUAGGCAAGGCGAGGAGGCUCCACUCUGUGUGCAUUAUGUGGCGCCGUCGUUUUGGGCAGUCAAGGGAGGCGAGCGCAGACUGCGAAAUCUCUCACCGUUGAUGGACCAUCUUCUAUGCAUCCUGCCUCAUGAGCCUGCCACGUGCCAGCAGCAUGGCAUCCCAGCAACGUAUGUGGGGCAUCCCGUUCUUGAGACCAUAGCCGAGGAUCGGAGUACCAGGCAGAGUGGGGAAGCAGGGAGAAAAGAUGUUGGGGAGUGGAGAGGGGAAGGUGGGAGUGGAGAAACUAAAGAAGCAGGAGAGCCAGGAGAGGAAGGAUUGCGAGGAGAUUGGGGUUAUAAUGUGGUGAAUGGACCAUGGUGGAGGGCGAGUGGGGAUGGAAGAGCUUUCCGGCAGCAACACGGCAUUCCAGUCGGGCCCCAACACAUAACCAUCUGCCUGCUUCCAGGAAGCCGCCUGCAAGAAGUAUCCAGGAUGCUGCCUAUAUUCCUUCAAAGUGUUAAGAUUCUGACUGCAUCAGAGUGGCUCAGGGAUUAUUUGGAUUCCCAGGGUCCAGGUGGCAAACUGUCACUGGUUAUUCCAACCCUUCCACGCUCUUCAGAAGUGACUGUCCUUGUCCAAAACAUUCUUCAUUCAUGGCUUGAGUCUUUAAAAUAUAAGAACUCCAGCUGGAGGUUUCCAUUCUGUUUAUCUCAAUCUAUGGAGACUGAUUUAGUGGUUGAUGUUGCAGCUGCAGUAGUGGUUCCUGCACCGGAGGGCAACACUUGUGCAAACAGAACAAGCAAAAGCAAAACGAUCAAGAUUGGUCCACAUACGGACGCACUUGCUGCAUGUGAUCUUGCUCUCUGUGUUUCUGGUUCAGUGGUGCUUGAGGUGCUUCGCUCGCAAUUACCCCUGGUUGUGACGUAUAAGGCCCACUGGAUUACUCAAUUCAUUGUCAAGAGAUGGGCUUCUAUUCAGUUUGCAUCACUGCCGAAUAUUCUCCUUAACAAGCCUUCACUUCCUGAGGUCCUUUUUUCUGAGUGUACCUCACACAGGCUGUCAUCUGUUAUCAGGAAUUUGAUGGAAAACUUUGACAGCUGCAAGGCUGACCAGUGCGCCACUGCUCAUCUGCUCUUCAAUGCUUUGCAAGAGCCCCUGAACAGAACUGAGGCACAUGCUCCUGACUUCAGGGAAGCACUCACUCCCAGCAAAAUUGCAGCAGAAGUAGUUAUUGAUCGGUUCCAAUAA